CUGCUGCACGCGGCGGGCCUCGGGACUCCACGGCCCCGCGGGGCUGGACGAGCGGGGCAUUGGGUCCCUCGCGCGGCCACGCAGACGGCGGCGGGCUGGACCUCCCGUGAGCGGAGACCCCCACGAUUGUGUGGAAACACUGGAGAGAACCGCCUCCCGAUGACCCGAGAUCAGUAAUCGCCGAUUUGUGUUGGCCGAUCGUUUUCCCUGUAGCAAGGGCGCAUGGACCAGAGUGAGAAGUAAAUUUCUGUCGCUGGUUACAAACUAGGAAAGAAGCAGGCAACAGGCUAAGACUGUCGCGAAGAUCUAAGAAUGUCCAGCAGUCAAUCUCCUGACCCCGAGGGUACUGAACCGGAUGACCUUGCAGGACCCCGGGCCAGCGGCACCCAACCCCCUGGUGACCUUGCAGGACCCCCUGAUGACCUUGCAGAACCCGGUCCAGCGGCACCCAACCCCCUGAUGACCUUGCAGGACCCAGGGCCAGCCCCGCCCCCAGGCCCGGGGAAAGACUCUGAUGAAAGGUGGAGCCAGAAAUACCAGCUUCCGAGCAAAUACCUGGAGAGCAGCCACAGCGAACGGCAAGACCGGAACAGAGUUUCUGAAGAACUGAUCACGGUUGUCCAAGAAAAUAAAAAAUACUUCCCGUCGGGGAGACACCAUAAACCGAGCACCCUGGAUGCCCUCAACUAUGCUCGCUGUGUGCACAGCGUACAAGCAAGCAGUGAGUUUUUCCAGAUUCUCAGUCCCAAUGGAGCGCCUCAAGCAGAUGUGACCAUGUACAGUCUUGAGGAGCUGGCCUCCAUGGCUGCAGAGCACACUUCCAAGAACACAGACACCUUCGUGGCCGUGUUCUCAUUGGUGUCUGGGAGGGUGGUGCACAUCUCCGAGCAGGCGCCUUCCAUCCUGAGCUGUCGGAGAGAGUCCUUGGCGUCCUCUCACUUCGCGGAGCUGCUUGCCCCUCAAGAUGUGAGGGUGUUCUACACGCACACGGCCCACGCUCAGCUUCCCGUCUGGAGCAGCUGGACCCAAAGAGCGUCGCAGUACGAACUGGCUCCCGUGAAGUCCUUUUUCUGCAGGAUCCGCGAAGGCGGCAGCCGAGGGCAGCGUUACGCCCCGUUCCGGGUGAUUCCCUAUUUGAUUCACGUGCGGCCGCAGUCGGAGCCGGAGCCGGAGCCCUGCUGCCUUGCGCUGGCCGAGAAGAUGCACUCUGGCUACGAAGCUCCUCGGAUCCCCGUGGAUAAAAGAAUUUUCACCACAACACACACUCCAGGCUGUGUUUUUCUUGAAAUAGAUGACCGGGCCGUGCCUUUGCUGGGGUACCUGCCGCAGGACCUGGUCGGCACGUCCAUCCUCGCGCACCUGCACCCGGAAGACCGCGCUCUGAUGGUCGCCGUCCACCAGGAAGUGCUGCGGUCCGCAGGCCGCGCCCCCUCUGAGCACCGCGCCGUUCGCUUCUGCACACACAACGGCGACUACGUCAUCCUGGAUUCCAGCUGGUCCGGCUUCGUGGACCCGUGGAGCCGGAAGGUGUCCUUCAUCAUGGGCCGGCACAAAGUGCGGACGAGUCCGCUGAACGAGGAUGUUUUUGCUGCCAGAAUAAGCAAGAUGGACAAUAACGACAAAGACAUAACGGAAUUACAGGAACAGAUUCACAAACUUCUGUUACAGCCAGUCCACGGGAGCACCUCUAGUGGCUACAGCAGCCUGGGGAGCAGCGGGUCCCAGGAGCAGCACGUCAGCGUGGCCUCCUCCGGCGAGUCCAGCGGGCCGGGGGCGGAGGACGCCCAGAAGGAGCCGUUGACUUUGCAGCAGGUCUAUGCCAGUGUAAAUAAAAUUAAAACCCUGGGGCAGCAGCUGUACAUCGAGUCCAUGACCAAACCCCCCAACAAGCCAGCGGUGGGGACGCGCACAGGACGGCCCAGUGGUGAGCAGGAGGCCUUUUCUCCCGUACGGCCCUGGAAGAAUGAGAGCGUGCGCACUGAGUCUUGCCAGGGUUUGAGGAAAGACCAGCAUCGCCCCUCCUACCAGCAAAUCAACUGCAUCGACGGUGUCAUCAGAUACCUGAGGAGCUGCCGCACCCCAGCUCUGAAGAGAAAGUGUAUCUCCUGCACAAAUACCGCUUCGUCCUCGGAAGACGACCGGCAGGCCCACAAGGCAGACGAUGCCCACGCCGUGCGAGCUGCGUCUCGGAUCCCAUCGGUCCCUUCACCAGAAGUGCCAGCUCGCGGACGGUCCACCGGUGCCGAGGGCGGAGCUUCGCGGACCGAGGCCAGGGCGGCGCCGAGCCUGGGCUCCGGCAUCAGCCAGUGCAGCUACAGCAGCACCAUGGUCCACGCGCCGCCCCCAGAGCCAGCAGAACCGACUCCCGCUGAGGACGCCGCCCCCGCCUGCGAGCCCUGGGCGCCCGGCACCCUGCCGGCCCCGUUGACUGCGGAGGAGUUUCAGCACGUGGGGCUCACCACGGCCGUGCUGUCGGCGCACACGCAGAGGGAGGAGCAGGACUACGUGGACAGGUUCCGGGAGAAGAUGCUGUCCUCCCCCUACAGCUCCUACCUGCAGCACGAAGGCAGAGGGCAGGCCACGUGUUCAGAUGGUCAAGGAGCCUCCUCUCCCGGGCAGGCCAGGUCUCCUGGGGGCAAGAAGGGGAAGCACAAGCGGAAGAAGCUGCCGGAGCCGCUGGGCAGCCGGUGUGCGGAGGACGCCUGCUGUCCCCACUUCGGAAGGGACGUCCAGGACGCUCAGCCCUGGAGCCUGCCCCCUGCCUCCCCUCUCCACGCCCCCGGCCUGGCGUUCCCGGCGGCGGUGGUGGCUCCCGGCCAGGCCCUCCCUUACCUCAUGCCAGCGUUGCCCCUGCCCACCGUGGCCCCGGGGGGGCACUGCCCGCCUUUCCCAGAUGUGCCUUCACCUUACGCGGAGACUUUCCUAACCAUUGUGCUGCCUGGCCCCUCUGUGUGCCCUCUGUGGGCACCGUCGUUCUCUCCAUACCUGUAUUUGGGAGCAGCAGGCCCUUCUGAAACGCCACCCUCAGUACCAACAGCAGCUCCCAGUGUGGAACCACCAUUUCCAGUCACCACCCAGAGGGGCGCUGGGCAGAGCUGGGAGAUGCAGAGCGCAGGGUGCCCGGGCCCCAGCUCCAGGGGCAGCUCGCCGCUGCAGCUGGCCUUGCUGCAGGAGGACAGGCCCCCGUCCUGCGAGUCUGCAGAGCAGUUUGCUCCAGGCAACAGCGGGGAGAACAACCAUUUCUCUGCCAGGGACCCGUCCCCGGGGCCCCUUCCCAGGGAGGCCCCACCUGGACCCGGCUCUGCGGCAUCAGGUAGGGGUCCAGGGGACACGGCCCUUGGGCUCAGCCGCCAGGAGGGCCCCGUCUGAGGAUGGGCUGUCUGGGUUCCGCCCCGGUGUGGAAGUCCAGUGCGUUUCCUGUUUUCUUUGUGAAAGCUUUAUGGGGUACAUUUACUCACAUACAACAGAAGGCACCGAAUCAGGGUGCCACGUGAGAAUUCUGAGGAACGUCCGCUCAGACCCUCACCACCACAUCCCCCCAGAACAGCUCCGUCCCCGGGAGAGUCCCGCGGCCGUGGGUCAGCCCUGCCCGGCCCAGCUGCUCCGCCCCUGAGCGCUGUCCUCCCAGGAGGCCUGGCGGAUGGAGUCGCCGCACGCACGCUGUCGGCGUUCUUCCCCGCGCACGCGCUGCGAGGCUCCCACGGCCCCAUCAGUAGUUUGUUCCUUUUCGUUGCUGAGGAGCAAGACACCGUGUGGAUGUCCAUUCGCCGCGGCUGGUGGUGGGGUUUCCGGUUUGGGAUGUGAAUGCUGAGGUGAACG